ACUCACCAUUCGGCGGGCCGGAAUGGAAUGGUAUGCCAACGUCUCUCCGGAUGGUACCGCUCGCUCAGCAACGUGCACAGGGUGGCAUAGUUAGUGGAGUCUACAAGCUUCCAAAAGGCGACACGCUAUCGCUGAGGCUCCACAACACGGCAACCAUGGCUCAGGAUUGGUGCCUACGAACCACGCAAUGCGUGAACGAUGGCCAGCAGUUUUUCCCCGAGAAAAAGGGCAUAUUAAAGAAGUCGGAAGCUCUUAACGCCCCCCGCCCCCCGGUAUGACUUGAACGACGAUACCACUUUCGGUAGCUCCGCCAGCGAGGGAAGCGAGGGAAAUUCAGGCCGCCGAAGCGGCGGGAGUGGUAGCCAAGGAAACCAGAGCCCCGGGAGCGGGGGUAGCGAUCAAGGCUCCGGCAAGGAUAUGGCCGAUCUGACGUUCUUUUCGAAUACUUCGUCGCUCCCAGAAGACGGCAAUGUGGGAAUCCUUCAUUCUCGUCCUUUUCAGCGCGCAGUGGGGGUCAGUGAGCCAUGGUUUGUCAUCGAUCUGGGCGGCAUUGUCUCCCAGCUCGUAGAGGGAGACGACGGCCAACGGCUAAUGCGGGGUGGGGACGGCACAUGCUACGCCUAUUAUGGGGAGAACGCCGGCGACAUCUCACCUCGAACCCCGAAAGUCGCUGGCACACAGCGCCAAAGACCGCUGGCCAAGGGCGAGAAACCCCUGUCUGCCCCAGCCAAAGAGUCGGAAGGCUCUUCCGGAACCUUGCCAGCCGCUGGCAAUGGCAAAGGCAAGGGAACGGCCGCCGCCAAGCCCGGCGCUCCGCCUCGCGGAAGGCGCGGCCCGGCAUUGAAAGCCUGCCAGGUGCAGGCCGGUGGCUCAAAAGGCGGGCUGGCUGCCAUAGCCAAGGGAAAGGGGACUAUGGGGGUUAUCGAGGGUGCCCGCGCCGCGACCGAGAACAAUACCAGUGCAGCAGGGAAAACUGACACCACAAAGAAGGCCAACGCUACGACUAUCGAAAGAAAUGGCAAGAUCCUGCGUCGGAUAGUCGUGGCUUUUUAGAUGCGCAGCUUUGAGGGCCAAGUUCCGCCCUCUAGUUGCGCGUGCCCACGGCAUGGAGCGGCAAGGCUAUGGGAGAGACAGACCUCAAGGGUAGGGCAACAAUGGAUGUCAUUGGCUGCUACUGGAGCCGAGAUUUACCACAGUGCUAGCCUAGCCCUCACUGACGUGGCCGGGGAGUGAUUAUCUCUUCUCAACUAGUAGCUAUCAGGUUAUAGAGGAUUUAUAUUACUCGAGCUAUUCUUGCUGUUCUC